CAAGAGGCUCCGCGCACCCUCUAUGGCCGCGCCUUGGGUCCUGUUCUGCUCCCUCUGUGUGUUGCGGGUGGUGCUGGCCACCGUCUACUUCCAGGAAGAGUUUCUAGACGGAGAGCGCUGGAGGAACCGAUGGGUGCAGUCCACCAAUGACUCCCAAUUCGGGCAUUUUAGACUCUCGUCAGGGAAGUUUUAUGGCCAUAAAGAGAAAGACAAAGGUCUGCAAACCACUCAGAAUGGCCGGUUCUAUGCCAUCUCUGCACGGUUUAAACCGUUCAGCAAUAAAGGGAAGACGCUGGUCGUUCAGUACACAGUGAAGCACGAGCAGAAGAUGGACUGUGGAGGGGGCUACGUUAAGAUCUUCCCUUCGGAUGUGGACCAGAAGAACCUGAGUGGGAAGUCCCAGUACUAUGUGAUGUUUGGACCUGAUAUUUGUGGAUUUGAUAUCAAGAAAGUUCAUGUUAUUUUACAUUUCAAGAAUCAGUAUCAUUCAAACAAGAAACCUAUCAGGUGUAAGGUUGAUGGCUUUACACACCUCUACACUCUGAUCUUAAGACCAGAUCUCACUUACGAAGUGAAAAUUGAUGGCCAGGUGAUUGAAUCCGGCAGCAUUGAGUAUGACUGGAACUUAACAUCCCUGAAGAAGAUGGAGAAGUCUUCAGCAGAGUCCAAGGACUGGGAGCAGGAAGAAGAGGACAAACUCCAGGACUGGGAGAAGCAUUUUCUGGAUGCCAGUGCCAGCAAGCCAAGUGACUGGAACAGUGAACUGGACGGCGACUGGCAGGCGCCAAUGCUUCAGAAACCUCCGUACCAGGAUGGCCUGAAACCAGAAGGAAUAGAUAAAGACGUUUGGCUCCAUCAAAAGAUGAAAAACACCCACUAUUUGACGGAAUACGACCUUUCAGAAUUUGAGAACAUUGGGGCCAUCGGGCUGGAGCUUUGGCAGGUGAGAUCUGGAACCAUCUUCGAUAACUUCCUGAUCACAGAUGACGAAGAGUAUGCUGAGAAUUUUGGCAAGGCCACCUGGGGUGAAACCAAGGACCCAGAGAGGGAGAUGGAUGCCAUCCAGGCCAAGGAGGAAGUGAGGAAGGCCCGUGAGGAAGAUGAGGAGGACCUGCUGAUGGGCAGGUUUGAUGGGAGAGAAAAUAAUUUCAGGAGAUUUCACAAGAGGGAUGAACUUUAGUCACCCCACCCCAGAUAAAGAUGACUGGUAAACCUUGUUGCUACUUGAAUCUACAUUUAAAAGCUCAAGCGUCUG